AACCUGAAGAUUGCGUCAUUCAACGUUCGAAUCUUUGGAAAGAAUAAGAUGUCUAACCCAGAUGUUGUAAACACUUUGGUGAAAAUUAUCUUGCGGUAUGACAUCGUUCUUAUCAUGGAGAUUCGCGAUWAUACUAAGACAGCCAUUGACGACCUACUGAAUCAAGUCAAUGGAAGAUUGUCAGUCCUCGUCUGGGGCGAACAGCGAGUAAAGAGCAGUACGCCUUCUUCUACAGGACUGACAUGGUCUCUGUAGUUCGUUCGUAUGUCUAUGAUGACGGAGAUGAAAGCAAGUACCAGGAUACUUUUGAACGCGAACCAUUUGUUGUUCAGUUCCACUCAACCAGCACAAAGUUAACAGACUUUGUACUUGUUGGAAUACACACUUCUCCGUUAUCAGCACCAGCUGAAAUCGACGCCCUCGUUGAUGUCUACGAUGACGUCAUAUCUAAAUGGUCCAUGAAUGACGUCAUUAUUCUAGGUGACUUGAACGCUGCGUGUAGUUACAUGUCGGAUUCUGAUUGGAAGAAAAACAGAUUGUUUAACGACAAGAGGUUUACGUGGCUCAUUGAUGACUGCAUAGACACAACCGUUGGAGGGAGCACAUGCGCGUAUGACAGGUUCGUUAGCGCAGGCUCAGCUGUGAACGCAGCGGUUGUUCCUGAAACGGCUAGUAGAUUMAAGUUCGACUCCGAGUACAACAUUACAAAUGACUUGGCACUAAAAGUAAGCGACCACUAUCCAAUUGAAAUAAAUCUCGUCAGUAAAGGGUUUUCAGAUGCACUCCAGUCUGUCCGAGAGAGCGUUGAGUACAAGUUUUAUCCCAACAAUCCUCCAAGGCUAACAUACCAUUCCAUCUAUCGUACUGCCCAUUCUUCUUCUAAUCCACUCUUAUCACUUGGCUUUGUCAGUGAGACCUCUAAGUCACCUUCUGGAGCCAUUGCUGUAAUCACAAACUCCAAGAAAGUGACCUCCGACCGGGAGGCAUCGCAGGCACUCUCUCUGAUUUAUYUUCAUUGGAAAAAUCUUUUGAAGAUAGAUCAAGUAGAUUUGGCAUUGUAUAAGGUGGUUAAUAAGAAAUUUCAUAAGGAUUCGUUGACUUCAGCCGUUGUGAAAUUGGUUUGUAGAAAAAUACCUACUCCAGUGGAAUGCUGGGUAGCGUUGGAAAUGUAAUGAAAAGGAGUMAAAUUUUCAUUACCCUUCCCCCCUUAGUCAUAAAUGAAGUAUAACAUUAGUAGCUGAAUGAUGAUUUUAGAAUUUUAAACAAACAUUUAUCAUUCAGAUUAAGAUAAAACAACCAAAUUCAUGAAUAAAAUUACAUAUGGUAUAAAAA